AUGCUGCUCUUCAGGCAAGGGGCCCUCCGAAGGGGCUCUGCUCUAUCUGCCACCUUCACCGCCACGACUCCGUUUCUUAGCCAUGCAGCAGCAACAGCAACAGCAGCAGCAGCAGCAGAAGGAGCAACGACAACCACAGCAGCAGGUAUUGUUGCAUUUCCAAAGGUCGUAGCUCAUCCCUUCUCUACAAAGCGAGUCUCUGGAUGCAGCAACAGGAACAGCAGCUUCAAGAGCAGCAUCAGCAGCGGCAGCGCCAGAGAGCCUGGCAGUGGUCGAAACCCCCUCCACGAGGAGAAAGGGCUUGCACCCGGCCGCCGCUGUGUUCGCCUCUACAACAGCAGCAGUAGCAGCAGCAGCAGCACUUGCAAUGUCGAGAGCAGCGCCUGCAGCGGAGUGAGCGGCACCGCUGCGCCUCUAGGGCCUGUCACCCCCAGCUUCAGGAGCAGUGAAAGUGACGGAGAUAAAAAGCAGGAGCAGCAGCAGCAGCAGGUUCCUCGCUUGAAGCAACGAGACUGCCGGGUGUCUCCGCUGUUGCUGCCUUCUCUGCGGCGCGUCUGUCGGCAGCUGCGUUUUCUGUCUGUACACCCCCACCUGUUGGCUGCUCUUUGUCCCCCUACAAGAGGCAGAAAGCCUCUUCUUGAACAACUCAAAGCACAGCAAGGCCGUGCAGAAGCAGUAGCACACGAAGAAGAAACAAUUAAACACCGGGCCCAGCAGCAAGCCGCUCUGCUGCUGCACAAGGUGUGGGGCGGUGCUACAUACUUCUCCCCUCGCAUCACCAGGGCUGCCUUUCAAGCGGAAGAAUCCACUGCAGCAGCAGAUACUGCUGCAGCCGACUCAGGAACAGCAGCAGCAAAUCCAACAGCAGCGCCAUUACCUUCAGAGGCAGCAGCGGCAGCAGCAACAGCAGAACUCCAGCUUCCCCGCCUGCUCACCCGGGUAGCGACAAGAUACGUGCGGAAGGAGGUGCAGCAGCAGUUGCUGCUUCAACAAGCAGCAGCUGAGGAAUCGCCUGUCGGCCUCUCGGCAGCAGCACGUGAGUCAGCAGCAACACCAACACCGGCAUCAGCAGCAGCAUCAGCAGCAGCAACAGCAACACCGGUAGCAUUGGAGGCUUUGCCGGAGGCCCUGUUUACGACAAGUCGUUGGCUUAGUGCAGCAAAGCAGCAGUGCCUGCGAUUGUCUACGGAGCGCAUCUUUUUGCUGCUAGCUUCUCUUCGUACUCUCUCCGAACUUGAAGGGGCCCUGCAGAAAGCCCUCUCCUCUGCUGCUGCCGCUGCUGCUGCUUCUGCAGCGGGUAGCUCUGGUUCCGUUCCUGCUGCUGCUGCUGCUGCUGCUGCUUUGGGCAGUCCUGCUGUUUCUGUUUCGGGUGCUUCUUUUCCUGCUACUGGGGGCUGUGAGCUGCAGCAAGUGCUGAAGAUGGGGGGUGAACUGGUGGCUGCUUUGCAGGAUGAGAGGAAGAUGCUGCUGCAGCAGAGCGUCAGCAGUCUCCGAUAUUUUAUUGACUUACAAACAGAUAAAAGAAAAUCUCACAGCCGCCUCAGCAGCUCCCCGCUGCCAUCCCGAGGGAAGCUCCACCAAGCGGCCUACAAGCUGCUCCCGGCACACGUACAAACGCUGCAGAAACAGCAACAGCAGCAGCAGCAACAGCAGCAGCAGCAGCAGAGGCAGCUCAGGGGACUUGCGCGAGCCUUUAGACCUGUUCCUGUGGAGCACCUCACAGAAGAUUCCCUCUGUGCUUCAAGAACGAGCAAGAACGGCAGCAGCAGCAGCAGCAGCAACAGCAGCAGCAGCAACUGCAGCAGCAGCCACAGCGGCCUCCGUCCUGGGUUGCUGCUGGUAGCCCACCCCUUUCUAGCAGAUGCAUUUGUCCGCGAGUCUGUUGUGCUGCUGACGUCCGUCACUCCCAACACCGUUGAGGGUCUUAUGCUGAACCGCAGCUGCAGCACCAGGAGCAGCAACAGCAGCUGCAGCAGUAACAACAGCGGCAACAGGCGCGCCAGGCUGCUGCAGCGCUCUAUUGAAAGACUGCCUUCUCCCCUACAUUUACUUGCGGCCUGCCGGGAACAGCAGCACCAGGAUCCAGAAAAACUGAAGCAGCACCAGCAGCAGCAGCAGCAGCAAGAGCAGCAGGAAGAGGUGCAGCAGCUCGAUGAGCAGAGGUGCAGCACGGAAGUUAAGAAAAAGAGUGAAUGGCUAAGUUUGCUUCAAGAGGAACCCGAGCUGCUGCUGCUGUUGCGGGAGGCACAGGCAGUAGCAGCAACAACACAAGCAUCUUGGAAGAGACAGAGACGGUUUCUGCAGCAGCAGCGGCUGCUGCUGCAUCAAGCACUUGUCACAGCCUUGGCCCAGCGAGCUGUACAGACAUUGCCUGUCGCUCCCCACAGCAUCAGCAGCAGCAGCAGCAACAGCAGCAGUAUCAGCAGCAGCGGCAUUAUUAUUAGCACCAGUAGCGGCCCUCAUGAUGCCGUUAGCCACAGCAGCAGCAGCAACAGCAGCACCUACAGUAGCAGCAGCAGCAGUUUCGUGUUGCGCGUUUUACCUGCCGAGACAGCAGACGCCAAUCCUCUGAAUAAAUUUAUUUCCUCCCCUUUUUUUGGAAGCAAAAAUCGAAGAGAUGGGGACACGACGAGAAGGCAGCAGCAGCAGCAGCAGCAGCAGCAGCAGCGGCUUGCUCUAUGGCUUGAAAACGGCCUCAAGAGGGAAAAUGAGAAUACAGCCGCUGCAGCAGGAAAGCUUCAGGAACAGAAAGCUCUGCUUCACCAACUUUUAAGUUUGCUGCAACAGCUGCAGCAAACGGGUGGCUUCAGUCGUCCCAGCAGCAACAGCAGCAACGGCAGUAACAGCAGCAACAGCAACCGCCGUAGCAGCAGCAGCAGCAGCAUAGUGCGCCUCGGGGGCCCCUGUGAAGGCUUUGCGAAGUUAAGGGCAGAGCGAUGGCUAGGGAGACGCUCAGACGACACUGCGUUGAGCGGCCUGUACACCCGAGAACACCCACAGGAGAGCAGCGUGCAUUGCCCUACCUCUGCUGCUGCUGCUGCCGAUGCUGGUGCUGGUGCUGCUGCUGCUGCUGCUGCUGCUGCUGAGGUGCAGCCUGCAGAGGCGAGGGAGUCGUUGUCUGUUAAAGAGAGCCUCUUCUUAGGGCGCAUGAUCUGGAAGCAACGGCAGCUGCAGCGGGAACUGCGGGAGGGAUUGUGGCUGCUGCUGGAGUGUACAGACACCGCAGCGCUGGAAGAGUUGGUGUUUGGCUGCUGCUGCGCAUGCAUCCCUGCUCCGAGCAAACCCCAACGAGUGAAGGGGAGCGAGGAGGCUAGUAGUGCUGCUGCUGCUGCUACUACGACUUCUGCUGCGUGCCCUCUGUGCUGCAGCCGCACGGUGUACAGACAGCUGGUGGCUGCAGCAGACGCCGCGAAUUCUCCUUUCUUCGCAUCUGCUUGCUGCUUCUCUCCGCUGGCUGCUGCUGCGCUGCAGCAAGCAGCAAACGGUGCUUGGAGCGGCCCUCUCCCCUCUUCGACUCUUUACUGCACUUCCCUUAGAGGUGUUUAG